UGUUUGUGAAGCAUAGAACGUUUGAUGAUAUCACAAUGAGAGUUCAGACCCAAAGAAAAAAAUGACAGCCACCUAACAGCGUGGUGCCCAGCCAACCAGUGUGAUACCAGUGUUGAAGAUUUUUAAGAACAUGCACUCCUGAAGGCUUCUUCCAAAGUGAAAAGUGGUGACAGUGACAACAGCCAAUGAGUAUGAAGAAAUUCCUUUCCCACACAAAGCAGCAGAACUAGUUAUAUUUGGAGCUUGUGGAAACCCAUGCCCAUCCCAGCAGAGACUCCUAAGAGAGGAGAAAUGAUGAAAUGGCACUGACAGGUCAUGAAAAGAAUGAAAUGAGAUGGUUUUUCUCAAAGAUUCAGGAUGAAUUUAGAGGUGGAAAAAUUAACGUAGAAAGAACAUAUAAAUUACUUGAAAAAUUAGAUAUUCAGUGCAAUUAUGUUCAUGUGAAACAUAUUUUUAAGGAUAAUGACAGACAGAAACAAGGAAAAAUCACAAUAGAAGAAUUUAGAUCAAUUUAUCGGAUCAUUGCACACAGAGAAGAAAUUGUUGAGAUUUUCAAUGUGUAUUCUGAAAACCGGAGAAUUCUUUUUGAAAGUAAUUUGAUUCAAUUUCUAACACAAGAACAAUAUGAAAUUGAGACAACUGAAAGUAUUGCUUCUGAGAUUAUUCAGAAAUAUGAGCCCAUUGAUGAAGUCAAGAAAGCACAUCAGAUAUCACUUGAAGGGUUUACAAGAUACAUAUAUUCAUCUGAAUGUCUACUAUUCAAACAGGAGUGUACAAAAGUUUAUCAAGACAUGACUUAUCCAUUAAAUGAUUAUUUUAUUUCAUCUUCACAUAACACAUAUUUGGUGUCUGAUCAAUUAGUUGGACCAAGUGACCUUUGGGGAUAUGUAAGUGCCCUUGUGAAAGGAUGCCGAUGUCUGGAAAUUGACUGCUGGGAUGGAUCACAAGCAGAACCUGUUGUAUACCACGGUUAUACACUCACCAGCAAGCUUCUAUUUAAAACUGUUAUCCAAGCAAUACACAAGUAUGCAUUCAUGACAUCUGAGUACCCAGUGGUUCUCUCUUUAGAAAAUCACUGCUCCACUGCCCAACAGGAAGUGAUGGCUGGCAUUUUGCAGACUACUUUUGGAGAUUCCCUGCUUUCUGAUAUACUUGAUGAUUUUCCAGACAGCCUACCGUCACCAGAGGCAUUAAAAUUCAAAGUCUUAGUCAAAAAUAAGAAAAUAGGAACCUUACAGGAAACCCGUGAGAGGAUAGGCUCUGAUAAGCAUGGUAAGGUUGGGUUGUGGGAAGAGGCAGAAACGGAGGACGAGGAGGAAUCAACAACCACAGAAACAUAUGAAAAUUUGUUGUCAAGAGACAGCCAAGGAAAGGAAACAGAGACAAAGAAGGCACUUCCGGUAACACUUUUUUCCAAGAAAAAAAAGAUCAGGAAGCUAAAAAUAGCUCUGGCUUUAUCUGAUCUUGUUAUUUAUACUAAAGCUGAAAAGUUCAGAAGUUUCCAAUAUUCAAGACAAUAUCAGCAAUUUAAUGAAAAUAAUUCUAUUGGGGAGACACAAGCCCGAAAACUUUCCAAGUUGAGAGUCAAUGAAUUUAUUUUUCACACAAGGAAGUUCAUUACCAGAAUAUAUCCCAAAGCAACAAGAGCAGACUCUUCUAACUUUAAUCCUCAAGAAUUUUGGAAUAUAGGCUGUCAAAUGGUGGCCUUAAAUUUCCAGACCCCUGGUCUGCCUAUGGAUUUGCAAAAUGGGAAAUUUUUGGAUAAUGGUGGUUCUGGAUAUAUUUUGAAACCUCAGUUCCUAAGAGAUAUUAAAUCAAAAUUUAACCCAAAUGAUUCAAUAAAAGACAACGAUCCAAUUGCAAUUACAAUAAGGCUCAUUAGUGGGAUCCAGUUGCCUCUUAGUGGUUCCUCCUCUCACAAACCAGAUACAUUAGUGAUUAUAGAAGUUUUUGGUGUUCCGAAUGAUCAUAUGAAACGGCAGACUCGAGUCAUUAAAAAAAACGCUUUUAGUCCAAGAUGGAAUGAAACAUUCACAUUUAUUAUCCAAGUACCAGAAUUGGCUUUGUUGCGUUUUGUUGUUGAAAAUUCAGGUUUAAUAGCAGGAAAUGAAUUUCUCGGACAAUAUACUUUGCCAGUUCUAUGCAUGAGCAAAGGUAAUUUUCUUAAAAGUUACCGUCGCGUUCCUUUGUUCUCCAGAAGCGGUGAGAGUCUUGAGCCUGCUUCGCUGUUUGUGUACGUUUGAUUGAACUUGGGACCUUGUGCUUGUGAGGCAGGCAGAGGAAAUCAACUUGCUUUUUAUAGGCACAUUACAAGAUGGAAAGAAAUGUUCUCAAUAUAUGCUACCCAGAGGCAGAAAGAAGCCCCGUGAGCUGACUGGGAGGUCUCCUCAGUGAGUGUGGAUGUGGUGUCUGCACCUUUGCAUAGCACAGAAUACCACUUGUGAACACAUUGCCUUCUCAGUGACGUUCAGUUCAAGGAGAGAAAUGCUGCACUUCUAGUGAAUCAUUUGAAAAUGAUGAUGUAACAAGAUGCCAAAGGUACUAGAGAGGAAAGAGCAACAGGUUUGGAGCUAGAAUCCCUGCUCUGCUUCUGAAGGCUGUUAUGGCAGCAUGCUGAGCAUCCUCUCCCCAGCUCCAGAUGCACUUGAGCACAGUCUUGCCUUCACUGGGAUUUGUAUGUGGCAGAGCUUUUCAGGGAGACUGGCAAAACCUGUAGAGACACAUUCUGGGAAGUGUCAAAUAAGGGAGCUGGGCCCUGUACCAAAGCCUGAGGCUCUGAAGGGUGGAGCUUCUGCCAUUUGGCAGUGUCCCUGACCCAGCUUCUCUCCUAUCUGAAUAUGACAGGCCUAUGCAUAAAAAUGGAAAGAACUAUUUUCAUGAAAAACUUUGUAAUACUUGGUAUGCAAUGUGAUAUCCCUUUUGUAUUCAUCUGAGAGAUUUCUAUAAAAAUAAAGGGAGUGAGGACACCCUCUCUGACUUCACAGCACAUUGCCUGGUUUUGGCAGCCCCAUUGCCGUGAGUGGCUGGUGAUGCAGCAGUGCAGUCUACAGAGGUGGAAGUGGGGCAGAUACUUACAAUAGGGUGGAGCUGUGUGGUAACUCUCUGGAGCCUCUCAUGAGCCCAGGGCUUACUAGUAAGGACAUCUAGUAAGGUGUCCUUAAAGAUGUGCAGAAAUACAUUAGGGAUUUGGCACAAUGAUGGGCCUGAUGUCACACACAGGGAAAGAGGAAGUAAAAUCAGAUAUGGAAGGAGUGUAUUUUAUGCAUUUCUUAUAAAUAUUCCUGUGUAUGGUACAGACACAGUAUAAUAGGAGAAAAAUGAGACUAUUGUGGCCCCUUUUUCUCUCGUGGCUGUCCAAAUUCAGCCGGGUCCCUUGCCAAACUCGUUUAUGUGAUGAUCUCUUGCUGUCUUGAUGACUGUUAUUAAAAUAGUUCCUUAUGCACACAUUGCUUCAAAUUUCUGUUGGACCAGAUUAUGCUCAUUUUGGAAUUGGCUAUGCAUGGACUCUGUUUUUGUUUUUACAGUAAUUUAAAAUGUGGCCAAAGUAUAAAUAGUGUUUGUUUGUGCCACAAAUACAGUCAAAUUCUGAAAGUAUUGUAGUGAUUUCUGAUCAGUGAACUGUGGGUGUAUGAAGACCUAGAAGUAUUUCAAGGCAUCAAGAAAUUAUUUACACAUCUAGAAUUACAAAGUAAUCUCCAAGCAUGAGUUUUUAUUGCUGCUUUUAUGAUACACAAAGCUUGAAGUAAAUUAAAUGUCAGUUUACUUAAAUUAUCCUGAAUGUCUAGUGGCUUUUUAUUAUUAUGCAUUUUCUUAGAUUA